GGCCACCUUGGUGGUGUAUUGGACGUCGUAAGCCUUGAUCCCAGGGUGCCUCUUCUCGAUAUGGGCAAUCCAGUACUUAUCCUCAUCUAGAAACACCGUUAGCCUCCAUGGUUAAGGGCCCUCCAAACCAAGCUCUCGUGGCUGAGACUGAACACCAAAAGAUUGCAAGGGCAUUUGUGUACCAAUACGUCGGCAAUGACCCUGUCUCGCUCACUGUCAUGCCCCUGUCAAGUUGGAGGUGCAGUAGUGGAGCAGGGCAUAGACUAUGUUUUGAGGGAUUUUUUUUCCCUUUUUCUUUUUUCUUGUGCAAAAGCUUCUUGACUGCUGGUGAUGGUAACAGUUAUUUUAGGAGUAGUGGAAGAAAAGAUUCCACAAAAAACCCGAGAGGAGAGGUCAUCGAGGAUGAAAUGCCAGCAUUUUCUGAUCCCAUCCCAUCCGCCGCAGCAUUCCUCCCACCCUCCAUCACUGGAGAAGAAUGUGAUUGCAGAUACUUUGGACAAUGAAGAUACCUUUAAUGCCACCAUGGCUCUUAUUAGUGUUAUCGUUUGGAUA